GUUGGAUUUGCUACCAUUUUAUGCAAGGCUGGUUGCCACAUUGCAUCCCUGUAUGUCUGAUGUAGCAGAGGAUCUUUGUUCCAUGCUGAAAGGGGAUUUCAGGUUUCAUGUAAGAAAAAAGGACCAGAUCAACAUUGAAACAAAGAAUAAAACUGUGAGGUUUAUUGGUGAGCUUACCAAGUUUAAGAUGUUCUCCAAAAACGAUACUCUUCACUGUUUAAAGAUGCUUCUGUCAGACUUUUCUCAUCACCAUAUUGAAAUGGCAUGUACUCUGCUGGAAACCUGUGGAAGAUUCCUGUUUAGAUCACCAGAAUCUCACUUAAGAACCAGUGUUCUUUUGGAACAAAUGAUGAGAAAAAAACAAGCAAUGCAUCUAGAUGCACGCUAUGUUACAAUGGUAGAAAAUGCCUAUUACUACUGUAAUCCUCCUCCAGCUGAAAAAACUGUGAAGAAGAAACGUCCCCCUUUGCAGGAGUAUAUUCGGAAGCUUCUCUACAAGGAUCUGUCCAAGGUCACCACAGAGAAGGUCCUGAGACAGAUGCGCAAGCUGCCUUGGCAGGAUGCAGAAGUAAAAGACUAUGUUAUAUGCUGUAUGAUCAACAUCUGGAAUGUGAAAUAUAAUAGUAUUCACUGCGUAGCCAACCUCUUAGCAGGGUUGGUCCUUUACCAGGAAGAUGUCGGAAUCCAUGUUGUGGAUGGAGUGCUAGAGGAUAUUCGACUGGGAAUGGAGGUUAACCAACCAAAGUUUAACCAGCGGCGCAUCAGCAGUGCCAAGUUUUUGGGGGAACUUUACAAUUAUCGAAUGGUGGAAUCAGCUGUAAUAUUUCGAACUCUGUAUUCUUUCACAUCAUUUGGUGUGAACCCUGAUGGUAGUCCUAGUCCUCUGGACCCUCCAGAGCAUCUUUUCAGAAUCAGACUAGUCUGUACAAUCCUUGAUACCUGUGGGCAGUAUUUUGACAGAGGAUCCAGCAAACGGAAACUUGAUUGCUUCCUUGUAUAUUUUCAGAGGUAUGUUUGGUGGAAAAAAAGUCUGGAUGUUUGGACAAAAGACCACCCAUUUCCUAUAGACAUAGACUAUAUGAUCAGUGAUACACUGGAACUGCUGAGACCAAAGAUAAAACUCUGCAAUUCUCUGGAAGAAGCUAUCAGACAAGUGCAAGACUUGGAACGAGAAUUCUUAAUAAAAUUAGGAAUUGUGAAUGACAAAGAUUCCAAAGAUUCCAUUACGGAAGGAGAGAACCUAGAAGAGGAUGAAGAAGAGGAGGAAGGUGGAGCAGAGACAGAGGAACAAUCUGGAAAUGAAAGUGAAGUAAAUGAGCCAGAAGAAGAG